CUUGAAAAUAUCGAUUCUUAUUCCUCUUCAUCUUCUUCCUCGACCAAAAACCAGAACCAGAACUUCUUCCUUCUUCCUUCAAUAUCUCAGAAUUGAAAAAUAGUUUAAUAAAAAAAUAAAAAAUAAAAACAAUGAUUAAAUUCAAAUCUUUCCUGUUCCUCUUCUCUUUCCUGCAAUUUAUAAUCGCUGGUUCUUCUCAAAACCCUAACCCUAGCCAAUCUCCGUCGUCGGCACACUCCGAGCUCACCAACUACGGCUUCCCGAUCGGCCUUCUGCCGUCCGCUACCGUCCUCGGCUACAGCAUCAACCAUACCUCCGGCGAAUUUUCCGUCGACCUCGGGGGCGCGUGCAAGGUCACGCUCCCGCCGGACAACUACCCCGCCACGUACUCGAAGAAGAUCACCGGAAAGAUCGGCCACGGCAGGAUGGCGAAGCUCGACGGGAUCAGUGUCCGCGCGUUCUUCAAGUGGUGGUCGAUCACCGGGAUUCGCGCCAGCGGCGAGAAUUUGGUCUUCGAGGUCGGCGGGAUCACGGCCAAGUACCCGUCGAAGAACUUCGAUGAGAGUCUUCCUUGUGAGGGAAAGCACUUGGCUUCAUAAGAGGGCAUCCGUUUAGGUUCUAUGGAUUAAGUUAUAUGAUGUUGUUCGGCCACAAGACUGGAACCAAAAGUUAUCCGAAUGAUUUGCAAGAUAUUAUCUGAAUAAGGGCAGAACCUGGAAUUUUCCUAUAUUUGUAUGUAUAUAUAGACAUGUUUUCUUUUCAGUAGUAUAUAUACAAGCUCUACUUUCUUAUGGUAAUAGACAAUGCUUAUAGGAAGUUUCGUUUGUAUUUUCACUUCUCUUCAAACUCGUAUUUAUUUCUAUGAACUUAAACGGGAUAAACUGUAUGAAAAA